AUGCGCGCCAAUUAUGGCGAGUCACCAUCAAGCAGUGGCCGGCGGAUUUCGCUGAUAUGCGCGAAGGAAGCGACCGUGGUAGGGUUCAACCGAUCGGAAGCUAGUUAUGGCGAGCCACCAUCAAGCGUGGCCGAUGCCUCAGAACUAUCAUGGGCUUGA